AUGAGCUGGAAAAACGCCACUUUCGAAUUUUUGCCCCCAUCGCCGCGGAAAGAUGGCAACAGUUUUGGCGCGCGGUCUCGCCUGCAACAACAGCUUCAGCAUCUACGGCGGCGACACAAGACAAAACUGCAGGCCCUGCGAGAGCAACGAGAACGUGACUUCUGCCUCUACUUCAACAUCCCCGACCCCCGACACCUUCGAGGUCCGGCGUCGGCCAAAAGGCGGCCUACAGGCCAACCCACUGCCACCACUACCGUCAGAAGUGUGAGUGCGCCCAGUGUAGAUCGAACUCGGAAGGCCUGGAGCAUGAGAAAAAAGUGUGAAAUCCGGGCGGAGUCGGGUGAAGUCCUUUCCUUUGCACCCACCGAUUACUCCUCUGAUGGGGACACUGAAAAUAUCGGGAGUAGCGAUUCGGUGGCUUGCGGUCCAAGUGAGGAGGGCGCACACAUCGGAGGAGGGAGCAGUGGCCACGGCAGAGGAGAUGACGACAACGCAGACACUGGCAGCGAGAAGGGCUUCUACAGCUGCCACAGUGAGACUUCAAGAAGUAGCGUCAUUCAACUCUCCCCUUCAUCGCCAUCCCUUCCUGGUCAUUCACUCCCGUAUCUGCAAAUUGAAGUGUUCUCCAACUGGGGUGACGAGGACUUGGUGGGUAUUUCCCAGCUGGAGCUCUGUCCGGAGUCCCCCGACGCUCCAUGCAUGUCCGUAGUUGAUGUACUAGUGUACAGGUCUCCCCCUCUGGAUGAUGGUGAUGUCGCCUCCCACAAAAUUGCCAACGCCACUCAGGAGUCACAUUUAUUCUGCACAGAAAAGUCCCUUCCUUUAUCAGUGCGUGUAUUCUUUGAUGCAAGCAGGGCGCCCAGUGAAGCCCGAUACGCAGUUGUCAAAAUAAGUAACUUCUCUGGAGCAGGACGCUUUGCGGCCGGGGUGCGUGAGUGUCGAGUGACGUCAGUCUCUCCCCAGGCGCAGACAUAUAUCAUCUUUGAGGGUGAACUGCAGAAGGCCUGUGAGCAUUCCGAGGCGGGUGUUUCCAACUGUUUCCGGUUCCCGCUGCAGAUGGAGGACGAGGGGGCACUCUGCACGACUAAGAGCGUUGGGGAGCUGGCCACGAAUGUGUUGCAGUGUUUGGAGGAGACAUGUGAGUUCUCUUUUGCUCCAUCGCCUCCCCUCUCACCUGGUUCUCCGACAGAGCACUCUUUGGUCGAAGGCAGCCGCCAACGUUUCGACGCUGUUGAAAUGUCCUGGGGCUCGCUAGAGCUCUUCAACCGUCUUCAGGCAGGUCGACUUGGCGUCAGCAGUCAGCUGAUGUCCUUGCCCGGCAUUAACGAAAGUCUUUCCAUUGUACGUGAUUCACUCGAGGACACCACGUCAGUCAAUGUUUCUGAAAAAUCCAGGGAGGCUGAUGGGAGACCAGAUUUUGCGUUUCGCAGUGAGACUGCAGCAGAUGAUGAAGACGACGAGACGGCAGAUGAGGAUUUCUCGAUUCCAGAGCUUCCUUCCGGAAAGGAACUCCUGCUGGAUAUUCUCUCCACUUGGGGCGAUCCACAUUACGUAGGGCUAACCAGUAUCCAGGUUUUUACAGCAGAUGGUCUCGAAAUUUCUCGUUCAUGCAGUAUAGCUGCGUACCCGCCAGACAUCAAUAUUCUCCCCCAGUUCUCCUCGGACCCCAGAGUAGCCGCUAAUCUGCUUGACGGCGUGAACGAGACACAGGAUAGGACUCACAUGUGGUUGAUCCCCUUCACACCUGGCAGACACCACUGGGUAAGACUGGUUCUGCCCGACGACGCAGAACCCAUCGCGCUGAUACGCAUCUGGAACUACAACGAGUCGCGUGUCCACUCCUCCAGGGGUGCAAGAGACAUUAAAAUAUUUAUCGACCGUAAGUGCAUAUUUUGUGGCCAAAUUUCUCGUGCUUCUGGCCUGGAACGAGGCAGACCCGAGGAAUUCGGUGAGACCAUCCUGUUUACCACCGACGAGGCAGUACUACAAAGAAUUGCGCAACACGACCAGGUCUUCUUACGCGACAUUGAGGACGAGGAAUUGGAUCAGAUUGAUGCUAUUGAAAGACUGAGCGAGGGAGAGUCUACCACCACGGAGACGGAGGGCGUGAAGACUAAAUGGCUGGACCUACGGCUUCUGACCGCUUGGGAUGACGGCAAGUGCGGUUGUAUUGGCCUAGCUGGCAUUAAAUUGCUUGCGGAUCCAGAAGGCAGGAAGGAAUCUCGUGUUUGGCUCAUUCGACAAAUAGACCCCCCUGUGUGUCAGUUUCCAUCGGAUGUACGAACACUGACCGAUGGCAUUAACCACACAACUGAUGCUAAUCAUAUGUGGGUCGCAAAGUUCACUGAGGGUGUGGGUCUUCAGCUGCGACUCUGGCUGAUGCCUCCAGAUGGCGGAUUGUCGGAAGAGGAGGAGGAGGAGGACAACACUCCUCUCCUCUACGGGAUUCGUCUUUGGAACUACAAUGCUCCUAAACAGUGGAGUCAUGCUUCAGGAGUCAAAUUCUUCCAGAUGAUAGACGACAGGGGCCGCUGUUUGGGGAACCUUUUCGGCCAAGAAGGGCCCUUCCUUCUAAGACCAGGUCCAGGUCACCUAAAGUACGAUUUCAGUCAGCAGUUUCUCCUCUCAGACCUCAGCGGCACCACCUGGAUCUAUCCUCCAGACAGCAUAUUCGUUCUUGAAAUCUCUUUGCACUCUAAUUGGGGUGAUGAGGAGAGAGUCGGUCUCAGCGGUCUCCAACUGGUGGGGCCUGAUAGCGAGACAGUACUGAUCCGACCCGAGCAGGUUUUUCUGCAUCCCGGUGUAGUCAGUGAGCUGGAUCUCCUCUGGACCAACGGAGACAUCUGGAACCCGAAACGUCUGGUCAAGACAACUGCUGCUGGGGGUGACUGUCCUACCUCCUGGUCCAUGCCUAUCAAUCCGCAGGGACCGAAUCAGAUUUUUGUUGUAUUUGACCGUCCUCUGAGAUUGGCGGGCGCGCGAAUAUGGAACUACUUCAAUCGGGGCCAAACUAGUAUAGGGGCGCGUGACAUUAGCAUCCGACUGGAUGAGCAACCGGUCUUCACAGGAACUCUGCCAGAAUGUGGAACAGCUGCGCCUAACAAGCCGGUCAUGAUAACGUGGGGGAACCGAAAUAGAGCCAAUGACAGACAAGCAUGCACGAGGUAA